GAAGUACAAAGGGGCUGGAUUUGGGAUUGCCGUCAGGUAUAUGAGAGCAAAUUACUUGAUCAGGGGAAUUAUGUAAUUCCGCUGGAGGAAUGGACCCAGACAUCUUCCACUUAAAGUGACUGACAGCUCCCGAGAAAGUAUAAAAGAGAGAGACAGAGACAGAGAGAGAGAGAGAGAGAACGCAUCUCAAGAUCCACUUACACCAUAAAGCCUUAAUGCGCCUCUAACAAGUGGCCUUGAAGCCUAUACUGUGUACCCCACGUUUUUAUAAUUGAAGUUCUAUUUGGAAUUUUACUUUUUCCCAGCAAUUUUCUCCUUUUAUCUUUCAUCACUGGACUAUUAAAGAAACGUUUAGGAAGCUUCCAGGGCUGGACUUUGUUUUUUACCAGGAGUUAUGGUCCAAAGGAGGAGACUGCUGCUGCUGCUGUCAGUUUUAUUUAUUCUUUGUGCUUCUGCAAAGGCUCAAGAUGGUGAAUUAGAAGAUGAGACCGUUUUUGACCUGUUUGAAAUCAGUAAAAUUCACCGCAAGACUUUGGGGGCAAAGCUGUUUCGUGGCCCAGACCCGGACUCCCCAGCUUACCGCUUCAUUCGCUUCGACCACUUACCUCCAGUCCAGCCAGACAUUCUCAACCAGAUACUCCGGCUAAUACAGAACAAUGAGGGCUUCAUCUUCACAGCCACCAUGCGCCAAGAUAGGGGCUCUCGGGGUACCCUAAUAGCUCUUGAAGGACCUGGCACCACUGAGCGCCAGUUUGAGUUAGUGUCCAAUGGCAGGGCGAACACCUUGGAUCUGGUUUACUGGGUGGAUGGCUCCCAGAACGUUGUAUCUUUUGAGGAUGUAGACCUGUCAGACUCUCAGUGGAAGAACAUCACUCUGCACAUCCACGGAGAGAGCGCUAACCUCUACAUUGGCUGCAACCACAUCGACGGCUUCAUAUUGGAUGAGCCCUUUUAUGAGCACCUGAGGUCAGACCGAAGCAAAAUGUAUGUUGCUAAGGGAGCAAUUCGUGAAAAUCACUUCAGGGGUUUGCUGCAGAAUGUGCGUUUCAUUUUUGACACUUCAGUUGAUGACAUUCUUCGCAACAAAGGCUGCCAGCUGAGCAAGCCAGAUGAAAUGAAUACAGUCAGUGAAAGCACAGAGAUGGUUGACGUCAGUCCAGCAAUAACCACCAACAUCAUUGGUCAUAAGACGGAUAAGGUUAAUGAUUUCUGUGACCACUCAUGUGAAGAGUUUGGAAGCAUGUUUCAGGAACUUCAAGGACUGCGUGUUGUUGUUAGCAACCUCAUUGAUGGGCUACAGAAAGUGUCAGAGGAGAAUGAGAUAUUGCGCGUUAUGCUGGAAACAAACAAAAACCUCAGUGAGAAAGGCAUGUGCUGGCAAGAUGGCCGCUCGUUUGAAGACAGUGAGGACUGGAUUGUGGACAGCUGUACGAAAUGUACCUGCACGGCAUCCAAAAUAGUUUGUCGCCAGAUCACCUGCCCAGCUGUGUCUUGUGCAAGUCCAUCCUUCAUCGAAGGUGAAUGCUGCCCAGUGUGCCUGCCCAAGGACAGCGAAGAUGGCUGGUCACCAUGGUCUGAAUGGACUGAAUGUACUGUGACCUGUGGCACUGGAACUCAACAGAGAGGAAGGUCUUGUGAUGCCACGAGCAAUCCCUGUGGAGGACCAUCUAUCCAAACAAGGAAAUGCAGCCUUGGGAAGUGCGACAGCCGUAUUCGUCAGGAUGGCGGUUGGAGCCAUUGGUCCCCUUGGUCCCCAUGCUCUGCCACCUGUGGAGAUGGCAUCAUCACCCGCAUCCGUCUCUGCAACUCUCCGGUACCACAGCUUGGUGGCAAGGACUGCAAAGGCAGUGGGCGGGAGACCCAACGCUGUGAUGCUGACCCUUGUCCUAUUGAUGGUGGCUGGGGUCCCUGGUCCCCAUGGGCCACCUGCUCUAAUACUUGUGGAGGAGGCCUGCAAGGAAGGUCCCGAAUCUGCAACAGCCCCAUGCCUCAGUAUGGGGGCAAGAAGUGUUUGGGAGAGUCCAAAGAGAAUGAACUCUGUAAUAAACAUGACUGCCCAGUUGACGGGUGCCUCUCCAACCCUUGCUUUGCCGGUACAGAGUGCAACAGCUCUCCUGAUGGCUCCUGGGAGUGUGGACCCUGCCCUCUCGGUUUCCGCGGCAACGGAACAUUCUGCGAAGAUCUCAAUGAGUGUGAUCUGGUGUCUGAUGUGUGCUACAAGGUGCACGGGGCUCAACGCUGUAUAAACACCAAUCCGGGAUUCCACUGCUUGCCUUGCCCUCCACGAUACAAAGGAACCCAGCCGUUUGGCAUGGGAGUGGAGGCAGCCAAGAAAAGCAAGCAAGUAUGUGAACCAGAGAACCCCUGCAAGGACAAGACUCACAGCUGCCACAAGUCUGCAGAGUGCAUCUACCUUGGCCACUUUGGCGAACCCAUGUACAAGUGUGACUGUAAGAUUGGGUAUGCAGGAGAUGGAAUCAUCUGUGGAGAGGACUCUGACUUGGAUGGCUGGCCCAAUCAGAACCUGGUUUGUGGUGCUAAUGCCACCUACCACUGUAAAAAGGAUAACUGCCCCAACCUGCCCAAUUCUGGCCAAGAAGACUUUGAUAAUGAUGGCCAGGGUGAUGCUUGUGACAAAGACGAUGACAAUGACAACAUUGAUGAUGAGAGAGACAACUGCCCCCUCCUGUACAACCCUCGUCAGUUUGAUUACGAUAAGGACGAUGUUGGUGACCGUUGUGAUAACUGUCCUUACGAGCAUAACCCUGCCCAGAUUGACACAGACAAUAAUGGAGAGGGCGAUGCCUGUGCCGUCGAUAUUGAUGGAGAUGAGAUUCUGAACGAACAGGAUAACUGUCCUUAUGUGUACAACACCGACCAGAAGGACACUGACCUGGAUGGAGUUGGUGACCAGUGUGACAACUGCCCACUGUUGCACAACCCUGAUCAGAUGGAUGUAGACAAUGACCUUGUGGGCGACAAGUGUGACAACAACCAGGACAUAGAUGAAGACGGUCAUCAGAACAACCUGGACAACUGUCCCUACAUUCCUAACGCCAACCAGGCCGACCACGACAAAGACGGCAAAGGUGAUGCCUGUGAUCACGAUGAUGACAAUGACGGGAUCCCCGACGACAGAGAUAACUGUCGACUCGUGCCUAACGCUGAGCAGGUGGACACUGAUGGGGAUGGCCGAGGGGAUGCCUGCAAGGAUGACUUUGACAACGACAGCAUUCCUGAUAUCUUUGACAUUUGCCCUGAGAACGAUGCAAUCAGUGUAACUGACUUCAGGAAGUUCCAGAUGGUGCACCUUGAUCCAAAGGGCACCACACAGAUCGAUCCUAACUGGGUGGUUCGCCACCAGGGCAAAGAAUUGGUCCAGACAGCCAACUCCGACCCUGGCAUUGCCGUUGGUUUUGAUGAGUUCAAUGCCGUAGACUUCAGUGGCACAUUCUAUGUGAACACAGACCGUGAUGACGACUACGCAGGUUUUGUGUUUGGCUACCAGUCCAGUGGCCGCUUUUAUGUGGUCAUGUGGAAGCAGAUCACACAGACCUACUGGGAAGAUAAACCAUCCCGGGCCUACGGCUACUCAGGAGUCUCCCUUAAAGUGGUGAACUCUACCACCGGCACCGGAGAGAACUUGAGAAACGCUCUGUGGCACACAGGAAAUACCCCUGGACAGGUUCGCACCCUGUGGCACGACCCCAAGAAUAUUGGUUGGAAGGAUUAUACUGCUUACAGGUGGCACCUGAUCCACAGACCUAAGACUGGCUUCAUCAGGGUGGUGGUGUACGAAGGCAAGCAGAUCAUGGCUGACUCAGGCCCCAUCUAUGACAAGACGUUUGCAGGUGGAAGGUUAGGGCUGUUUGUCUUCUCUCAAGAGCUGGUAUUCUUCUCAGACCUCAAAUACGAGUGCAGAGAUAUGCCAGAGUUUCCCACAGUAUUCAUCAGAUAAAUGAGCUUUGCUUGCUGCAGAAGUGGUGAAGUACUGUACAGGCUGUGCAACCUAGUCACCUCAGUAAGAUCCUGUUCAAGCCCUUCUAUCUCCUGCCUUCCUCCUGCUCUGCCCUCGAGACAGACUUUCCUCUUUCUCUUGGCUGAAGAGUCUCCACGGUGAAUUCCAUGCUCAGAAACUGCGUCUUCCAAUGUGGGGCAACUGGCCCUGAGCUUGAGCUUCAACCCAAAGGAGUGGACUGAUUUGUAGAAGGUUUCUCUUCUGUAGAUACACUAGCAUUAUUCCAAUUGUCAUAUUGUACUAAACACCACACCUUAAAACUAAAUGUACUUAUCCUUUAUUUAAGAAGAGACAGCUGUCAUUGUAAAAGGGAUUGUUCAAGAGUGCUACAACCACUUUUUAUCUUUCUUUUUUAUGUUAUUUUAUUGAGUUUUUGCCUUUAAGGGCUGUAUAUAAGCCUGAUUUCUAAAGGGGUACUAGCAUCUGUUAAACUCAGAUACCACAGCUAGUAUGAUUAUGUUAUUGAGAUUUAUGUAUGUGUUGUGAGGAUACACAUGCAGUUAGAGGGUUUUGCAUCUGACUUCAUCUGCUAAAGGACCUCUGAUUUGCUGUCUGGUAAAGCGAGGGACUUUGGCUCAUUUUAAUAGAAUCUAUUGUAUUCCAUAACCACAUCACAUUGCUCCAGCUUUAUUGCACAUUAUAUAGCUUUUCAUUGUUACCAGCAGUUUUUUUUUCUCUCCUGCCAUCUUGAAUCUUGUCUUGUAAACCUGAUUUUUUUUGUACCCCUAAAUCAACAGGGAUGGAUUUCAUUAAAUGUACCAGUUAUAAUGGAAGUGAAGUUUUUUUCAAGGUAAAAAAUAAGUAUGGGGGAUGAAGAUGUUAAUAUUUAGACUGUAUAAUAUUGUUUUUCUAUGUAAAUGAUGUAUGUUUUCUUUCCUUUUUUGUUUUGUGGGAAGCAGUGAAGUUUUUUUUUUGUUGCCAAAGAUUGUAAAUAAUUAUUUAUUUGUUUACACUGACGAAAUUUUACAAUUGAAGAAAAAAAAAAAAAAAAACACUUUAGUACAAGACCCUCGUUUUUUUUCUAUAAGUUGGGCUACAACAAUAGGAUAAUAAACUAUCAAUUACGUCA